UCUUUUGUACCUCCUAAUUCUAAGCUAUCCACUGCUGAACUUUACUUGCAUGAGCCUCAGUUUUACCAACAAGCUAAUUCCCAUCAUGCUUGGAAAUGGGCAAUGCUAAAGAAAUUUGAAUCUUUUGCGGCUAAUCACACUUGGGACAUAGUACCUCUUACUCAUAACAAGAAGCCCAUCCCUUUCAAAUGGGUGUAUAAAAUCAAGCAGAAAUCUGAUGGCUCUAUUAAAAGGUACAAUUCUAGGUUGGUCAUUAGAGUGGAUACUCAAAAAGAGGGCAUUUACUACAAUGAGACUUUUUUCCCUGUAGUUAAAUUCACUACUAUUAAACGCCUUCUCUCCCUUGCUGCCAAGAAGGGCUGGACAGUCUACCAAUUAGAUGUCAAUAAUGCUUUUCUUCAUGAGCAUCUUCAUAAAGAG